CCGCGCGGGCCGGGUGCUGUUUUUGACGGCGUCACUGGCGGUAGCGGCCCCUCGUCUGUGCCGGGCCCCGCUCGGGGCCGCGCUCAGUGUGCUUUGAAAAUGUCUGAAAAUUCGAGUGACAGUGAUUCAUCUUGUGGCUGGACUGUCAUCAACCAUGAGGGUUCUGACAUAGAGACAGUGACUUCAGAAAAUGGAAGCACAAAUGAUAACCCUGAGUUUGUUUCAGAAGAAUAUGUUUCUUUGCAAGAAGAGGAGCAACCAAUUGAUUUGCAAGCUCAGUGCAGCAAUGAUGAAGAGAUACCAGUGGCAGAUAAUACUCUUUCUGCUUUUGAGGAAACUCAGGUAGUUCCAGAGGGAAAUAAAGAAAAAAUCCCUGAUGAUGGCUCCGGCAUUGGAACUAUUAGUGAUGAUUCUGACAUUGUUACACUUGAAGCUCCAAAAUCAGAAGAAACUCAAAGUCAGGAGGAAGCUCCAGCUGAUGGUGAAGAAGCUCGAAGUUCAGAUGAUUUUAACAUGGGUUCCUCCUCUAGCAGUCAGUAUGCAUUUUCCCAUCUAGAAACUGUUUUUUCAUCUCAGGCCAGCAAUGAUGAAUCAAGUAGUGAUGAACCGAGCAAUCAGUCCAGUUCCACAGUACGAAAACGUCGGGCUAAGAAGAGGCUGAUCCCCAGCUCCGAGAGUGACGGGGGGUCACCUGCUGAACCAGAGUCUGAGCCUCCCGGGGAAGAGCAGCACAAACGGCAGUUCAGUAGUGGCCUUAACAGAUGCAUCAUACUGGCUUUGGUGAUUGCAAUCAGCAUGGGCUUUGGACACUUCUAUGGUACAAUACAGGUCCAGAAACGUCAGCAGCUGGUGACAAAGACACGUGAAUUAAAAGAUAUGAAAGAGGACCUUUACCAGUGCCAACAAGAGCGAGGAGAUAAAGGGUAUCAUAAAUUGGGGUCACUCAAGGGAGAUUUUGCCACAUGCUUGUCCUCUCCUGAGGUGGAGAAGAAAUCCUUUGAAUCUCAAAAAAAAAGUCUUGCUGCAGAAAAUCAGCACUUAAGAGAAUCUCUAGAGAAGGAAGAAAAAGCUUUGGCCUCUCUUCAGGAAGAAUUAAGGAAGCUAAGACAACAAAUUAGAAACUUAGAAGAUAAAGGUACUAGCACUGAAUCUAUUGUAAUGGAAAAUCAAAAACUAAGGGAACAUUUAGAAGAGGAAAAGCAAAGAAACCACAACUUUCUUAGGCAAAAGGAAACACUGUUUGCAGAGGCACAGAUGUUAAGGAGAGAACUGGACAAAGAACGCCAUGUUACAGAAGCUCUAAAAAAAGAACUGGAACAGUUAAGUUCUCGUCAAACACCUGACAAUGCUAAUGAAGAUGAUGAUACAUUAAGAGAAAAUCAAGAAAUAGAAGCUCUGCGAGGACGACUAGCAGAACUAGAAAAAAAACUAAACUUUGAGCAGCAACGCUCUGACUUGUGGGAGAAGCUGUAUGUUGAAGCCAAAGACCAAACUGAGAAACAAGAAAUGUAUGAAAAGGGACAAAAGAAGGGUGCUAAGGGGCAAAGUAAGACUAAGAAGAAAUCAAAAGAAUCAUUUUUUGGUUCAGUUAAGGAAACUUUUGAUGCUAUGAAAAAUUCCACUAAAGAGUUUGUAAGACACCAUAAAGAAAAGAUUAAGCAGGCUAAAGAAGCAGUGAAAGAAAACCUGAAAAAAUUCUCUGAUUCUGUCAAGUCUACAUUCAGACACUUCAAAGAUACCACAAAAAACAUCUUUGAUGAAAAGGAGAAGUCAAGUGAUAGAAGACACGAGGCAAACAAGAAAGCUCGAACUUUUUAUCGAGAACAUACCUCUCAUGAGAAUCCGAAGCACAUGCAUUACAGGGGACCUAACAUGGCAAAAGAAUUCAGAGAUAGAAGAAAACAUCAGUUUACAACAUUUGAAAGAGAUACAGAUUCACAGAUAUGUCUCAAUGAUCCUUUGUGCAAUAGAAAACAACAGUUUGGCCUAAAGGGCUGCUCCGGUAUUUUUGAAUGUGCUCGUCAAGAAUUCAUUAGUCUCUUUAACAGAGUAUCAGAUCCUAUCAGGGUGGAUGAAUUUAAUCGGCUAAUGAAAAAGUAUUUGCAACAAGUACAUAACUUCCAUCACUGGAGAGAACUAGAAAAUUUUAUCGAUAAGUUUUUUCAUAAUGGGGUAUUUAUACAUGACCAGAUGCUCUUCACUGAUUUUGUUAAUGAUGUCAAGGAUUACCUGGAAGAUAUGAAGGAAUACCAAAAUAAUAAUGAAAAAGUUUUUGAGGAUUUGGACAAAUACAUCUACAAAUACUACUUUCAUUAUGAUAAUUCACCCCAGUAUGGACCCAGUCGACCUAAAAGGCCUUCUUAUACACAAACUGAAAAUUCCAGGCAUGAAAAACAAGCUCAGAAGUACCACCACCAUAAUAAAAGAGAAGGUAAAUGGCAAAAACAUGGUCGCACUAAUGGAAGACACAUGGCAAAUCUUGAAAUAGAAUUGGGGCAAUUACCCUUUGAUCCCAAAUACUGAGUAAUUUAUGGUAAAAAUGAAAUUAGAAUUCACAUCCUCUCCAGAAACUAAUUGUUUUCAACAAAGCAGCAAGAUGCAAGUUCUUUUCUCUAAAUAAUUUGAUUUUUACACAUUUUUGUUAAAAGGCUGAAGUCAAGCUUUCCAGUUUGCAUAUUCUGUACUGUUGCUUUAACUGUUCUUUGGAAGCGAUAGUUGGGUGCCAGCAGUAUUGUUCCAGAAGUCAGUCAUGCAGUGACUUGUGUGUGAAAAAUAUGCUUAAUUGCAUUCCAUUAGUGUAGUUCAAGCUUGAUCAUGCAUAAUGUACCAAUAAUUAACUCCAGUGUUUGAUAUACUAACUUCAUCUCAUCCUUCAAAAAAUAGGUCUUCAUUAUGGCUACAUUAUGGUAAUGUAUUUGUUAGUGUUUUGUAAUCUUACACUUGCUUCUUGUCUUUGAGGGGGUGGGUGUUCAAGAGCCUGUUGAAUUGUGAAGAAUUUGCUGUGCUGCGUCCUAAUCAGCUUGCUGAUUUAAGCACUUGAAAUGUCUUGCCUAUCUGCAUAUUGUAGAACAAAAUAAAGAGACAUUGUGGGUAGAAGUGUUUAUUUAUAAAACAACCUAGCAUAGCUGUACAGUGCUAUAAAAAUGGUCCAGUCUUGUCUAAUUUUUUUAUUGCUUAAAUAGUCAUAUGGUAACUUUGGUCUUCCUAAUGUUUUCCAGUGUUAUAACAUAGGUCAGUAGCCCCACCCUGCCACACUACUACUGUAGUUGCCUUCAGGAACAUGUGUAUGUGUUUCCUGACAGGCAAUGGCUGCCUGAUCAGACCUCCCCAUUUGACUUACCCGGUUUCAGACUCCCUAUGCUCUCCGUUCUGAAGUACAACAUCUUCUAAGCAUAGUACUGCUACACAAAAUUGAUCUCAUUUGGUCUUAAGUCUAGAAACUGAUCUUCAGGUGUGAUUCAUUUCAGUAUUUUUCCUGUAGAUGUAAAUGUGGCUUCCAAUACGUCCUUGAGGAAUGUGAGUGUGAAAGACAGUGGCUGUUUUCUCAUAGCCCCUUAAAGCUAGAAAUGAUGAUAUUUCCUGUAAAUGAACAUACAUUGGUUUCCAGUCAGAAAACACAGCUGGAAGCAUCAGAAUAGUGUUCCAGACUCCUCUGAAAUUAUCAAUUCAACUGUCCCCUGGAAGUUUUAUCCUUUAUUUUAAGAAAGACUGCUAGAAAAAGAGGUACCAAUCCUGACUGAUCCUAUCCAGUGUGGAAAUUUAGACACCACUGAAGUGAGGGGAAAAGGUAGUCUAACUGCAGGCAUUUUUGCUUGCCACUGUUGCUUACUUAAAAGUGCAUGGUUCUGAGAACAGACUGCACAUUUGGUUUAAUAUGGCUUUGAGAAGAAUUCUGUAAAACGUUACUUUAUGGCAUCUAGACAUAGCACAGAGGAGACUGCAUACAUGAAUGUGAAGUAUAUGUAUUGCUGGAAUGGUAUCUGUAUUACAGACUAGGUGGUUUAGUUUUAAUUUAAGCUGUUAUAAAAAGUUGUGGACAGCAAUUUCCAAAAAACUAUAACUCCUCCCUAGUUUAUUUUGUAUCUUGACCUUAAAACUAGUUUGUUUGAUUUUGCAGUUACCAUACCUGUUCUAGCACACUGAAGAAGAUCAAGUGACUGGGUAAUAACGUAUCAUUGUAAAACUCCUUAUUAAGCCAACCAAGUGGAUCAGAGUAAAAUACAUCUGCUUCAUCAAUAUAGCUCUCAUUUCCAGUUAAGUCUGGGGGACACUGAAGGAAUCUCAUUUUUAGAGGACAGUGAACAUGACUAGAGAGACAAACAAAACAAACACUUCAGGAUAAACUGAUCAAUAUCUAAGAUUUGAAGUGAUUCAUCACUUAAAGAUACCUCAGUCAAAGCUAAAAUCAAAUACUUAGUUUUUUUUUUUUUU